AUGGGCGAGGUUAAAGGCGACCAACUGACCGCACGGUGGUGCUACGUCGAGAUGGUCAAAUUAGAAGAGCUGGCUGCUUGGAAGAUCCCGCGCUUGGAGGUGAACACCAUCAUGAAAGAACCUCCCACGUUGGUCUAUGAGGAAAAGGAAGAAGUCCAGAUCCAUCCCAUUUGGGAUCCCUCGCCGUCUAGCCUCGGACAACGGACGAUAGUUCGCAGGACGGAGGCUCAAGGGUGGUGCGAAGGUUAUGGCAUUUUGCAAGCUUUCACCUCGGUGGCCUACCCCCAGAGCAAUGGCAAAGAGGAAGUCACCAACCGGGAAAUCCUCAGAGGGUUACGAGCUCGGCUCAACCACGCUAGAGGCAGUUGGGUCGAUGAGCUCCCUAGCUUAUUAUGGGCCCAUCGCACUACACCAAGAGAGGCGACUGACAUCACACUAUUCUAUUUAGUGUACGAAGAUGAAGCAAUGGUUUUAGUGGAAGUUGGAGUGGAGUCCAAUCGGGUGCAACUCUAUGACGAGGGAAAUGCCAAGCAGAGACUCAUUGAGCUCAACUUGGUGGACGAAGCACGGGAUAGGGCCACCAUCCCGCUAAUGGCGUACAGACAACGCAUGAAGCAUAACUACAACCGAAGGGUGAUCCCAAGGUUAUUUCAGGUCGAGGACUUGGUGUGGAAAAGGGUGAAGCCAGUCUGCGACGUCACCAAACUGGAAACCCCGUGGGGAGGACCCUAUAAAGUUAUUCAGAAGCUCCGUUCGGGAGCCUACUACCUAUAG